AUGUUGGAGAAUUACAACAAUCUGCUUUUUGUGGAGGAACAUGGCAUGUGUCAUAAAUAUGAGAACAUCUUAGAUCAAGACUUACAGCAUAUUGUCCACGAGCAUGUGAAUAUCCACGUGAAGUCUUAUAAAUAUCAUGAGCUUGUUAAAAUCAUUCAUGAAUCCACCCAAAGUACACCUUAUAAACCUAACCUCAGGGAUACAUCUGUUGAAUCAUCAAACCCAAGCAGGCUUCAAACUGGAAACAGCAGAGAACCUUGCAAAUAUAAAAAGCCAGCAAACUGUUUAAAUUCCUGGUCUACCAUCAGUUUACCUCAGGGAAUCCACAGAGGAAAGAAAGAAUACAAUGGUACUGAGCUUGAUAAAGAUUUUGACUCUAAAGAAAAACUCACGCUGGAACAAACCAAUAAUAGAAAGAAACGUUACAAAUGUAGUGAGUGUGACAAAUGUUUUACCAGGAAAGACUAUGUUAGAGUUCAUCAGCGAAUUCAUUCAGGAGAGAAACCUCAUAAAUGUAGUGAAUGUGACAAAUGCUUCACCUACAAAGGCUAUCUUAGAAUUCAUCAGCGAAUUCAUACAGGAGAGAAACCUUACAAAUGUAGUGAAUGUGACAAAUGCUUCACUGACAAAAACUAUUUUAGAAUUCAUCAGCGAAUUCAUACAGAAGAGAAACCUUACAAAUGUAGUGAAUGUGACAAAUGCUUCACUGACAAAAACUAUUUUAGAAGUCAUCUGCGAAUUCAUACAGGAGAGAAACCUUACAAAUGUAGUGAAUGUGACAAAUGCUUCACCCAGAAAGGCUAUCUUAGUAUUCAUCAGAGAAUUCAUACAGGAGAAAAAGUUCACAGAUGUAGUGAAUGUGACAAGUGCUUUACCAAGAAAUAUCCUCUUAUAAUGCAUCAGAGAAUACAUUCAGGAGAAAAACCUUACAAAUGUAGUGAAUGUGACAAAGGCUUUACCCAAAAAGGUAGUCUUAUUAUUCAUCAGAGAAUUCAUACAAGAGAGAAAUGUUACAAAUGUAGUGAAUGUGACAAAUGGUUUACUGUGAAAGACAGUCUUAGAAUUCAUCAGCGAAUUCAUACAGGAGAGAAACCUUACAAAUGUAAUGAAUGUGAUAAAUACUUUGCCCAUAAAAGCAGUCUUAUUAUUCAUCAGAGAAUUCAUACAGGAGAGAAACCUUACCAAUGUAGUGAAUGUGACAAAUGCUUUACCCGCAAAAAGAGUCUUAAUGUUCAUCAGAGGGUUCAUACAGGAGAGAAGCCUUUCAUUAGUGAAUGUGACAAAUGCUUUUCCCACAGAAGCAAUCUUAGAAAACAAAAGAGAAUUUAUACAGGAGAAAACAACGUUUCAAAUAUGAAUAUGACAUAUGAUUUCCCUGAAAAUUCAGUCUUCUUAUUCAUCAGAGAAUUCAUACAGCAGAGAAACCUUUCUUAUGUAGUGAAUUUGACAAAUACUUUGCCUGCAAAAGCAGUCUUAGAAUUCAUCAGAGAAUUCAUGCAGGAGAAAAACCUUAAAUAUAUAGUGAAUGUGAUGAAUUCGUUAGCGAGAAACAAUCUUAGCACUCAUCAGAGAAUGUGUAUGGUAGAGAAACUUAACAAAUGAAGUGAAUGAGAAAAAUCAUGCCCAAGGGAGAUCAUCUUAGAGUUUAUCAGAGAAUAUAUACAAGAGAGUCCUUAUAAAUGUAGUAAAUGUACAAAUCUUUUACUGUUGGUUCAUUAAAGAAUGCUUACAGGAGAAAAACCUCCGACAUGUAAUGUAUGAAGCUUUCAUUUUCCCAAAUCUCAGAACUAAGAAAAUACCUGGAAAUUUUUAGUCAGAAAAAAAGUGUCCACUUGAAAAAAAUGUGGCAUGUUCUUUAUUCAAGCUGUAUUGUUUGUAAUACUUGAGGCUCCACACUAAAGAAUUGUUUAUUGUGUAUAUGAGAAACUUGUGAAAGUGUUUAAUUAAUACUCAAAUCUUCAAAAGUAUCCAGGGUUUAUGCUGAGAGAAACUGAUAAUGUGACAAUGAAGGAAAUAUUUCAUUAAAGGUUUUUACUUGUUCACUUUCAAACUUGUCAUAAUGAAGACAUAAUGGAGAAGCUAGAAGAAUAUGGAAUUGUGUAAAGUUUCCUAGAGUCUAAAAUGAUCUACUGCAAAGAACAGGUGGGAAAUACAUGGCUCAAAGUAGAGUAAAACUGACAGCGUUCAUAUGCUUAACUCAAAUUAAGAUACGUAGACAAAUUGUACUUCUUAAAAGUGGAUUUGACAAACUAAGCAACAAAUUUUGGAUGUUCUUUAUCCUAUAGAUAUGCCUAUGGAUAUGUGGUUUGCUUCCAGAGUCAGUAUUCAUAAUCUGUAUCAUAUGAUGGUUUUAAAUUUCAGGAUAACAAUUGUCAUUGAGUCCCCCGGGGUCUUGUUUCCUAACUCCUUCCCCUGAGUCCUGUAUCAAAAUCCAAUAAAGAUCAUUGGUUCAACAAGUU